CGCGGCCUUAGCUGCCGAGGUGGGGCGAUUCACCAUGCACGCCCGCAUCGUUGACAUUUGCCAACAUUGACGACAUCAUCGCUCUCCGAGUGACGACGCGCUGUCACCCAAACCCCAGCUCUCUCUCGCCAUUGCUACUGUACCUUGGACAGACUUCACUCUUCCAAAUCCACGCCGCCAUAAUGGACGCCACUACGACGCGCCCCUCCUUCACAGACCUCCCCACCGAGAUCCUCGAAUCCAUAUUCCUCCACCUUGACCCACACUCCCUAAUCUCCGUCUCACAAACAAACAAGCUCGUCAAUCAGCUUACAGCGGACGCACCCAUAAUCUGGCGACACCUCUGCUACACGCGCUUCAAGACAUGGGACUCGCGCCACAACAUCGCCUCCAAGUUCUCAGGCCCGCUUUCUGACGUCGAUUGGCGCUCGCUCUUCAUUUCCAAAAUCACCAUCGAGAGACGGACAAGGGAGUUGCUGCAUGCCAUUGUGGCGACGCAACAGGAAAGAAUCAGGCGUAUAAAUGAAAUUGCGGAUUUUGGGUAUGAUGCCAAAGAGACGUUGCUGACGGAAUGCGCGUGUCCCGAUGAUGCAGAAGACGUACUGGCAAGACGAUACUAUGCGAAUGCCGUGCUGGAGCGUAUACAUCGCGAGAUCGCUAUCAACGUCUGGAAGGACUUGCAUCAUGGCAAGCAUGUGCCGAUUGAGAGAGCGCUGGGCGCGUAUGAUGUCUUUGCAAGGGUGGGCGAGGAUGUCGACAACCAUGUCGUUUCAGAGGAUAUCGAUCGCUAUGCGACUGGCGUGCUGGAAGAGUAUCCUGAUUUCGGCGACUUGAGUCCGAGGAUCAAGGCCUCGACACUAGCAACCUACCUUCGCGAUCAGGGUUUCGAGGGCGUGCCGGAUACAUCAUAUCGCGCCCUCUGCAACUCCUUCAUUGGCCUUGUCCUUCGCUCACCAACACACGAAUCCCUCCCACUGAUAUCAGUCGCCAUAUACUGUGCCGUAGCACGACGACUAGGCCUCGAUGCACGGCCAUGCGGCUUCCUCUUUCACGUCUACACCCUUGUCUACGCACCCAAAAACUACACUCUCGACGGCAAGUACAAGCCCACCAGCUCAGAAGAACUGGAUCACAUGUACCUCGACCCGUUCCGUUCGUCCUCUGAAGUGCAACAAGGCGAUCUACAGCGCGUCCUAAGAGACAUGGGCGUUCCGACCACCGAGCACGCCACGUUCCUCUCCGACACGACUACACGGGAAAUGGUCUUGCGUACAGCGCGUAACAUCAUGAACUCCGUACAGACGAUUCGCCAAACUGAAGCUGGUGUAAGAGGCAUUCAGGCGAGUUGGCUACAUGCGUACCCAGACAUGGACAACGCCUUCUACGCAACAAUAUGGGCGAUGCUCCUCCUCGGCCCCAAUGACGACGCGUCGAACCUUUCCAGCACCACCACUCGUCGACGUCAAUACCUACCCUACCUACUUGAGCACUUCCAAACGCAUUUCCCAUGGGAUGUCACACUCCUGUCUCGUUACGUUGUACCCAUGUUUUCCGGCCAGCCUGAGGGACAUCGCUUAUUGCAGUUUGUGCAGAGCAUGCGUCAUGCUGAUGCUUUGAAAAAGCCUGUUCUUCAUAGAACUGAUCGCACCGUGAAUGUAAAUUUUAAAGUCGGCCAGCUGUUCCAGCAUAAGCGAUAUAGUUACGAAGGCGUGAUUACAGGUUGGGACGUAGCAUGCGACGCAGGUGAGGAAUGGAUAGAGAACAUGGGCGUCGACCGCCUACCCAACGGUCGCAACCAAGCCUUCUACCACGUACUUGUCUGCGAUAAAUCCGUCCGCUACGUCGCCGAGGAAAACAUACAACCUGUCGAGCCCAACACUCGCCCUUCAGAAGCUAUACUCAAGCUUGCGGGCCGCCAUUUUAAACGUUGGGACGACGCGGACCACUGCUUUGUGAAUAACGUGCGCGACGAGUAUCCGGAUGACUGAGAACCCCUUGGUCGUUGAUCUCCAUUUUUACGUUUAUGCAAUGUCCCUAUCCGCCCGGUCUUUACCCGAAAUGCAUAGGAGGAACCGAUUCAUGGGC